GCGGACUGCGGACUUCAUAAUGAGUUAUGGCUAUGACCUGCGCAUGAAUUUCAAUGCAACUUUGGAGUUUGUAAAGUGUUAACAAUGAAUAAAGUCUGUGCUAUUUUCAUUUUUCUCGUUUUUUUUCGCGUAACAUUAAGUGAAAGAGCGACGAGUAAUUGCAGAGCAAAGCAUUUGUUCGUGCAAAGAGACAAACCGCUUCGUGGCAGCUCAUUACCGUCUCGUGAAAUUUAUCUCUCGUCAAACGACAACGAAACAGGAAAAGAAUUACGUAAAGAAAGCUCGUUACAUCGUUCAAGGCGAUCCCUGAGCAGUAGUACGAAUCCUACCCAUACUGUGCAUGAAUUCCAUGAUUCUCAUAACCUGCUGAUCGUGCAAUGGAGCGGUAUUCAACAUAGUGACACUGUUGUAGUUGUCACACGAGACGGUGAUCAAAAAGCAAAAAGUACCAGCUACCUUUACGUUUCCAACAACUAUGGUGUAAGCUACCAGAAUAUGUCUCAUUUGUUUAAAUACACAAAGAAUGGCGUGAAAAAGCAGGGCCUCGUCAACACGUUUUACAGCAGUCCUGCAAAGCCGACCUGGUACAUCUUCACCGACACUAUUAACAAAGUGCUGUUCAUUUCGAAAGAUGACUGCAAAACGAUCACGCCGUCGAUGAUCUCUUUCACACCAUCAGAAAUAACUUUUCAUGACUCGAAAACCAAUGGUGUUGUCGCGUAUGAUCAAAGUACGAAAACGUUGUAUUAUUCGAAAAAUUUUGGAAAAACCUGGACUAUAAGGGAGAAGAAAGUCGUAUCAUAUUUCUGGGGAUUCAAAGAUGUUGAUUCUGAUGAUGUUAUUUACAUGGAAUUGGAUAAUGGGGACAACACGUCGAAGAUCGUCCGUGAUCGUUGGGACCAUAAAAGUAUUUUUACUCAUUCAAUUGUUGCAAACAACGUGUCGGACUUUGAAAUAAACGAUGUUUACAUGUUUUUUACCCGAAAGAGCGCAAAUGGUCUCGAUCUUUAUGUUGGAUAUCAUUAUAAAGACAUAAGCAAAGCCGAAUUUCCAAAUGAUAUGAGGAGAGAGGAUUAUAUGAUCGCUGAUGCAAGCGAGGGUCAGGUGUUUGUUGCUGUGAAUCAUAACAAAAACACUUCACAUCUUUAUAUAUCUGACGUGAAAGGCAAAGUUUACACGUUAUCAUUGGAACGAAUCCUCCUGUAUCUUCCUUAUUAUUAUACAAAUACUUGGCACAGGCUUUACAUGAAGGAGAGUUUUGUCGACCUGUAUAAAGUAGCUUCGAUGCGUGGAGUUUAUAUUGCAAGUCAACUGGAAUACGGGAAAAUUGGAACAAGGCCUAUCCACACGAAGAUAUCCUAUAACAAAGGCGGCUUCUGGCAUGAUGUCAAGGCUCCAGCGAAACACAGUAACGGUUCAAUGAUGAACUGCUUUAGAAAAGACGGUUGCUCACUUCAUCUGGCCACUCAUUUUGCUAAGGAACAUCCGGGAUAUUGGGCUCCUCCAAUCAAAUCGAGAAAAUCCGCUCCAGGUCUUAUUGUGUCCUCUGGCAACACUGGAAAGCGUUUUACCAUUAACGCAAAUGUUUAUUUGUCGAAUGACGCUGGCAAGUCUUGGCUUGAGGUUCUUCAAGGUAGAUGGUACUACAAUUUUGUCGAUCAUGGUGGAGUUGUCGUUGCUGUACGUCAGUGGUCACCUACAAAAGAGAUUUUGUAUAGCGUCGAUGAGGGUUUGACGUGGAAACGAUACAAUUUCACUAAACAACAUGUUCGAGUUUAUGGUUUGUUAACGGAGACAGGCGAGAGGACCACAGUAGUUACAAUUUUCGGAUCGUACAAAGGACGUCAUAAUUGGAUUGUUGUUCAAGUCAAUGUUUCAAAUGUACUAGGGAGGCCUUGCUCCAAGUCCGACUACGAGAUCUGGUCUCCUCACAAUCGUUACACUCGUAGUCUCUGUGUUCUCGGGCAGACCCUUAAGUACGAGCGACGAAAGCGAAAAUCAGUCUGUUUCAAUGGCUUAAAUUACGAUCGACCUGUCAACACUACCAAAUGCAAGUGUUCGUUUCACGAUUACGAAUGUGACUAUGGUUUCAAACCGAUGUUUGGUAGAUUUUUCUGUGUAGUGGACACUGAAUCAAGUUUUGAUCCGUACGCGGCCCCUAGACCGUGUCCUUUUGGCCAAAAAUACACCCAUACACGAGGAUACCGCAAGAUUGCUGGUAACAAAUGCGUUGUCGGCAGGCGGCAUUGGUAUCAACCCUACCAGGAUACGUGUCCAUUCAAUGUGGACAAAGCAUUCCUUCUUUAUGCUGAAAAAUCUUCCAUUCAAUAUAUGGACUUAGUGAACGAAACCAAGACCGCUUUGAUCACAGAUUUGUCUGGUGCCGUUGCUGUGGCCUACGACAUGAAGGAAAAAUAUAUUUACUGGGCAGAUAUGAAAGAACACAAGAUUAAAAAGCGAAGAUUUAAUGGCACUUCAAAAAAUGUGAUCGAUAUUGCUGGCAUAAAGCAAGUGGAAGGUCUUGAUUUUGACUGGACCACUGGAAAUCUGUAUUGGGUGGAUUCGGGAAAGAUAGUCAUCGAAGUAUGUCAAAAAGAUGGCCUUUUCAGAAAAACUGUGCAUUCCAAGGAUCUUAAAAAACCUCGUGCGCUUGCACUGGAUCCUGCAAAGGGAGACAUGUUUUGGUCUGAUUGGGGGGUUCCUGCUAAAAUUGAAAGGUCCGCGAUGGAUGGCUCGGGGAGAGAAAAAUUGGAUAUUCCCAAUCUUAAAUGGCCUAACGGUCUUGCAAUCGAUAUCUACCGACCCAGUAAGUCAAGAAUUCUGUAUUACACUGAUGCUAAAAAAGACAUCAUUGGUUCGUAUGAUUUAAUAAAAAAGAAACACAAGAUCCUUGCCCAAAGAACAAAUGCUUUGUGGAAAAAAAUACUCAUACACCCGUAUUCGAUCGCUGUUGAUGAUAAAUAUGUUUAUUGGGAUGACUGGCACACCGGAAUAGUCUACAAAGAGCAUAAAUCAUUCGCCGAAAAGGCGCAGGAAAUUAUCCAAAAAGUUCCUGGAUUCAGCAGCAAGAGCAGAUAUGAAAUCAAAGUCUAUUAUAAACGAAGUCAAGUUGACACAAGUACAUGUAGUGGAAAUUCAGAAUGCGAUCAACUCUGUCUACCAACGUCGAAUAAGGAUCAUGCCUGUGCUUGUAGCGAUAACAUGUUUUUGGAUAAGAACACCAAAAAGUGCCUGUGUCGUGGAAAAAUGAUCAAAUUAAAGAAUGGCACCUGCGUUCAUAAACCCAACGAUAAGUGUUUUGCUGGAGAAUUUGCCUGUGACAAUGGUCGUUGCAUAUCCAUGUUAAAUACUUGCGAUUGGGAGAAUGACUGCGGAGAUAACUCCGACGAAACUCUGCCUGAAUGCUUUAACAACACUAACUGUCCGAAUCAAUUUCAAUGUCGUUCUGAUCCAUCUUGCAUUCCUGUCGAGUACCUAUGUAAUGAUCGUUACGACUGCAAGGACGGGGAAGACGAAAAAGGCUGCAAAGAUCGACGCAGAUGUAGUGACCAGGAAUUCCGCUGCAAGAACGGAGAAUGUAUUGAGAAAAGACUCAGAUGUGAUGGCUACGAUGAUUGUGAUGAUGGCUCGGAUGAAACCGGUUGUGUUAAUAAAGAUCGACCAUGCCCAAACCCCAGUGAUUUCUUAUGCCUUGACAAGAGUGGAUGUAUUUUUGGAUCUCAUCGAUGUAAUGGAUACGCUAACUGCCAGGACAAUUCAGAUGAAAUAAAUUGUGUGACAAAGUGCAAUGUUUUGGCGUCAUUCAUGUGUGUUGACAGAAGCAGAUGUAUUUCCCUCAAAAAAAGGUGCGAUGGAGAGAAAGAUUGCGUUUACGAUGGAUCUGACGAAAUGGCAUGUCCUAGAGCAACAGAAACUUGGAACUUAACAAAUCAUUCGCUGGGUUUACGUUCUACUGGAACUCCGACAGGAAAUACGUCUGGAGUAGUAGUGAGGGAGCCUCGUUCUGGAAGAAAAGGUUCUAAAUCGAAUAAAAUUAUAAUUUGGGCUGUCCCGGUCGGUGUAGUGUUCUUUUUGUUGCUUGCUGCAUUGGGCUAUUUUGUCGUGAAGUCACGACGAUUACAUCGAAGCUUCUAUCGUCUUGUACGCAACGAUGACUUUGACCAAGGCAUUACCUAUCAUAAUACCGGUGAGGAGGAGGAUUCCCCCUUAAUCCAAGGCUUCUCCGAUGACGAUCCUUUGGUCGAAGCAUAACCAUCUAUCAAUGAACAUUUUAGAUGUAAAUUGUUUGUCCUUUUGCCAACGCAAUAGGCAUCUCGAUUAACUUGAUUUCAUGAGUGAUGAUUGUAUUACCGUUGAUCUAUGAGUAGAAAUAACGUGCACUGAUUGUUAUUUAAUAUUAGCAUGUAUAAUGUUGUAUAGCUAUCUUACAUCGUAAUUUGGGAUAACUUAACUGCGGGUAUUUUACCGCUCCUGACAUACGUCAUGUAUUUGCAAUUUAUUUUCACAGAAGCUGAUGUUAGCAUCGCUUUGAAGUAGUGAAUGUAACAUAAAAGUGCUGCUUCUUUAUGCAUUAAAAUCAUAAUUGCUGUCUAAGCUUGACAGUAGGAAUAGUUCUCAGUAAGAAUUUUACCACUUUAAUUUACUUUUAUAAACAUUUACAAUUGUAAAUUCGUACUAUAUUAAACAUUUCCAGAUUUGA